UUUGUUGUUGCUGGUGCUGCUGUUACUGAUGUUGUUUGUCGGCCAGAUCACACGAUCGCCAGAAGAAGCAGGCAAACAGCCAGUGGUGGCUGCUGCUGCUGCCGCUGCUGCGACGACGGCGGCUGCUUCUUCCACAGCUCAACAACUUUACAAGAUACAGAUACAUUUCGUUGCCGUGUAGCUGCGUUCACCUUCAGCAUUCCGCGACGAACGCUCAAUGCAAACGGACGUGUAUUUCUCCGUCACGAAAUCACGAAAUUGUCACAAAACGUUUUCUGAAGAUAUCAAAGCAAAGCACCAAAAAAGCGUAAAAGUGUUUAAACGAAAAAAAAAUAUUUAAAUUUAUUAAAUAAAAAUAUUAAUGAUCUAAAAACGUAAUGAUCAUGCUAUGACAACAACAACAAAAAAGCAUAAAAACAAAUUUUCGUGUUUAAAAAUUUAAAAAAUAUUUUCAUAAAAUUUUGCAAAAGAUGCGUGUUGGUGCCAAAAGUGUUUAAUUUGAAUAAAAAAAAUUAAAAACCAACAACAACAACAAAUUGUGUGAAAACAACAAAUAUAAGAUUGUUUAAAAAAUAUAUAUUAAUUGAUAAUGUCAAGUGUAAGCCCAGUGUAAUUACCGUUAUAAUUUGCAAUAUAUAAAAUGGCAAUGCCGAAUUUUUACAACAACGUACGAAAAAUGUUAACAACAAAUUUUAACACAACAACAACCACACAAAACACAAAUAAUAUGUCACACAGCUGUAGAACAAAUCAACGGAUUACGAGUAAUCGGUGUACAGAGCACAACAACUUUAACUGCAACACAACUGAGGUCAAUUGCAGUCAGCGCCAACAUAGUGUUCACAUAUGUUCCACAACGUUCCACAAGUGUUUGUGCGCACAGCGCAGCAUUGCCUACUUAAAGGCGCACAACAUACAGCGCAUAACAUUACUGCUAAAUAGCGUCUUCAUCGUAUUACUUUGCUUGGCGGCAAUACAACCCACAUGCGCGCGUUCCACAAACGCACAUCGUACGGCGAAAGCCGCAUUAGUAGCAACGCAACCCUUUGCAGAGGGAUUAGUUGGCAACGCUGAUGCGCCUAGCAUGCUUUUAAACAACUCCACGAGUAUUAUAAUGUCGGCACAUGAGAGCAACGCGCUCGAUUUAGGCGCCACAACAAAGCCCACACCGCCGGUGGUGGAGAAUCGACGUGCGCUGAAGCUUGUGCCUUUCAAUAAUGCGUCCGUUGUAUGUAAUGAUGGUUCGAAAGCCGGUUUCUAUUUGCGCAAAAAUCCCAAUUCGAAGAAGUGGAUUGUAUUCCUGGAGGGCGGUUGGCAUUGUUAUGAUGCGCGCUCAUGUCGUGCGCGUUGGUUGCGAAUGCGCCACCUGAUGACGUCGACGCAAUGGCCUGAUAAGCGAGAUGUUGGUGGCAUACUCUCCCCUUUGCCCGAAGAGAACCCCUAUUGGCAUAAUGCUAAUCAUGUGCUCGUGCCCUAUUGCAGCAGCGAUUCGUGGUCGGGUACACGCGACACCAUCGACGAAAACGCCAAGUUUCGUUUUAUGGGCGCUGUGAUCUUACGUAACGUUAUUGCCGAGCUAGUACCACUCGGUUUGGGUCGUAUACCGGGUGCGGAACUGCUGCUAGUCGGUUCAUCGGCAGGUGGUCUGGGUGUUAUGCUCAACUUAGAUCGCAUAACCAAAUAUCUACAGCAAGAACGUAAACUGAUGGUGACAGUGCGUGGUGUUAGCGACUCCGGUUGGUUUCUCGAUCGUGAACCCUACACGCCAGCUACAGUCGGCUCUAGUGAAGCGGUGCGUCAAGGUUGGAAGCUGUGGCAAGGUUCACUACCGGAAGCAUGCACUCAACAAUAUCAAGCAGAGCCAUGGCGUUGCUACUUCGGUUAUCGUCUCUAUCCGACACUCAAAGCACCCCUUUUCGUCUUCCAAUGGCUAUUCGAUGAGGCACAAAUGCGCGCCGACAAUGUAGGCGCACCAGUUACGCCCCAGCAGUGGAACUAUAUACACGAGAUGGGCGGCGCGUUACGUUCCUCCUUGGACAAUGUGACUGGCGUAUUCGCGCCCUCUUGUAUCGGACAUGCUGUGCUCUCCAAACGCGAUUGGAUCAACAUCAAAAUCGAUGAUAUCUCCUUGCCAUCUGCGCUACGUUGUUGGGAGCAUUCGACACGUCCACGCCGUCGACGACACAACAUGGGCAAACAAAACCAGUUGGAACAAUCCGAGCAAAAACGACAUCGGCAAAAUAACGGACAUAAAAACCGAUUACCGAAACAACACAAAGAGAAGAAGGACAACAACUUCGAGCCACAAAAUGGUGUACGUCAACGCUUAAGCAAAGCCGAGCGUGAAGAACGGCGCCGACUACGGCACGAACGUCAACAGAGGCGUCAACGUAAACUACAACAACGUAAUCGGAAUAAACAUCGUAAUCGUCAUGAACGUCGACGUAAUGAAGCCGAACGCAAGCGUAACAACAAUUUGCCACCCAACGAGAAUGCCACGGCUUUAUAUGAACAACAUCCGAAUAAAAAGCAACGUAACCAUAAUAAACACAACACAAACGGUGGUGAGCGCAAACAACGCGUGGGACACAAGUCACGUAAGGAACGUAAAGAGCAACGUCAACAGCAACUAAAGCUACAAAAUACCAGCAAAUACGAACAAGCCGUCGAGGCGACCACCCCAUUCGAUCUGCAAAAGAAACACAUGCGUCGCAAUCGUGUGCCACGCGUGCCUGAGAAGUGCGCUCUACGCCUGCUCGAGCGUUGCAGUUGGCCACAGUGCAAUCACUCCUGCCCGAUGGUCACGAAUCCGCUGACCGGCGAAGAGAUGCGCUUCCUUGAGCUGCUCACCUCUUUCGGUCUGGAUAUCGAAGCCGUUGCCGCGGCGUUGGGCAUUGACAUGCAGACCUUGAGCAAUAUGGAUCGCACCGAACUGAUUAAUCUGUUGACGCAACAGGCGAGCUGAUCGUCGGUGUAAAUAAAAGUGGUUGUUUGUUGGAGGUGUAUAUGGGUGUGUUUUUUGAUGUGUAUCUGUGCGAUGUGUGUGUACUUAAAUUAUUUGUAAAUAUUAGUCGUUUAAGCGGUAAAAUAAUUGAAAGUUCAAAUUAUUAUUCUAAGUGUUGUGGGUGUAUGUGUAGGAAGCAGUGAAACUCUGCCACCAAAUUCGAGUUCGUUUUCUAGUAUUUUUUGGUAAUUACUUAAAGACAAAUAUUAAGCCCAGUUGUUAGGACAAACUAAUUUAUUGUUUAUUGUUGUAAGCGAUUUUAGUUUAAUUUCCGUUAUAUCUAUAAGUUUUAAGCCAAAAUGAGAAAACAAAAAUAUUUGCAAAUAACAAAGGGUGAGUUUGAGAGUGAUUUUAGCAAAAAAAAAUUUGAAAGAGUUGAAACCCAUUUAAAGCCUGGAAUCAAACAUUCACUUAAAAAAAUUUAAUACAUUAAAAUUUCUGCAUAAAAUACUACACUACAGUGAGGUUCAUAUAAUUGAAUACACAUUAGUUAAAAAUCGCUAUUUUAACUCACCUAUGGUCAACGCAUUUAAAAUAAAAAUAACUCGAAAUAUCACAUCAUACUCAGAAUAAAAAUAUAUAAAAAAAGUUAAAACAUUUACAUAUACGAAUAUAAACACAAAAUGCAACAAUGAGACUGUUACUUAAUUAAAUAAUUAUUGUUAAUAAUUUAACUAUAUAAUUUAUGAGUAAAAAAAAAUACAAAAAUAAAAAAAUACGCAAAAAAUUAAAAAAGAACAAAAAACACUAAGUAAUGAAAUUGUAAUCAAAAUUACCAAUACAGUAAUGAUUACAUAACAAUUAUAUAGCAAAUGUACUUAAAAAUGAAGCAGUAUAUCAAAUCAAUAUUUAUUUAGAGUUGAAACUCGAUGAUGUAAUCACAUUGUAAUUAAAAUUAAUUACCAAUACUGUAAUGAUUACACAAUAAUUAUAUAGCAAAUGUACUUAAAUAUACAGCAGUUUGAUUUGAUGUAUCCAUAUUAUUAUAGUACACAACUGAAGCUCGAGCAUAAACCUACCUCAAUAGCACUUACAAAAAUGAAAUACAUAAUUAAUUAAAAUACUAAUUAAAAAGUAAUUAAAUUAUAUACGACAAUAUUUGCAAUAGAAAUGCUAGUUUACACGUUUGCAGCAAAGUUACUGAACUAAAAUUAAAAAAAAAAUAAAUAAAUGAAAAUUAAGUAAUGUAAAAUUCGGAUACAAAGUUGUACUUAAAAAUAAUUACUAUGUUAUAAAUUACUUUUUUUUGAAUUACUCAGCUAAAAAAUCGCAUUUCAACUUCAAUCAUAAUUUCCAUAAAAUUUAUUGUUAAUUAUUAUUUAUGCUAGCAUAUUUAUUUUGUACCUGUAAAUCUCCUAAAAUUAUUACAGUGAAGUUCAUAAUAACAUACACACUCACAAACAAAAAUAUUGCAU